AUGGGUCACUCCGUGCCUCCGUGCUAUGUCAAUGGCGAAUGGGUGACGGCCCAGUCCGGGGAGACGUUCGAAGUCCAUGACCCGGCCACUGGCGAGUACAUUGGCAGAUGCCCCGAGUUCAAUGCCGCCGACACCGAGAAGGCCAUCGCCGCUGCUGCGGCGGCCUUCCCUUCGUUCCGUGCGACUCUUGCCCGUGAACGCGCCCGGAUGCUGCGACGAUGGUAUCAACUCAUGGUGGAUAACGCCGAGGAUCUGGCCACAUUGAUCACCUGGGAGAAUGGCAAGCCGUUGGCAGAUGCCAGAGGGGAGGUGACCUAUGCGGCCAAUUUCUUCGAAUGGUUCAGCGAGGAGGCACCCCGCGUUUACGGAGACACCAUCCCUGCCUCAGUCGCGGGGAACCGGGUCAUCACGCUGAAGGAACCCGUCGGUGUCUGCGGCCUGAUCACCCCAUGGAACUUCCCGGCCGCCAUGAUUACGCGCAAGAUCGGUCCUGCCCUGGCGGCAGGUUGCACCGUCGUCGCCAAGUCUCCCUGUGAGACGCCGUUCACGGCCAACGCCCUGGCAGAACUGGCGCACCGAGCCGGCAUUCCCAAGGGUGUCGUCAACAUCGUCACUGCGUCGAAGAACACGGCCGAAGUGGGCGAGGUCCUGACCACUCACCCUACCAUCCGGAAAGUGUCCUUCACUGGCUCGACCAACGUCGGUAAGCUCCUUAUGAAGCAGGCAUCUUCGACGGUCAAGAAAGUAUCGUGGGAGCUGGGUGGCAACGCUCCAUUCAUUGUCUUCGACGACGUUGACGAUCUCGAUGCCGCCGUCGCGGGUGCGAUUGCGUCCAAAUUCCGGAGCUCCGGGCAGACUUGUGUGUGCGCCAACCGGAUCUAUGUUCAGAAGGGUAUCUACAAUGAGUUUGCGAAGAGAUUUGCAGAGAAGGUCAAGAAUUUCAAACUCGGCGGCGGAUUUGGCGAGGGCGUCACUCACGGCCCCGUCAUUCAUCAGCGUGCAGUCGAGAAGGUGGACGAGCACGUCCGUGACGCCGUGUCCAAGGGCGCCAAUGUCGUCGUUGGUGGAAAGAAGGCUUCGGAGAUUGGAGACAAUUUCUACCACCUCACCGUCUUGACGAACAUGACCAAGGAUAUGAAGAUGGCAUCGGAAGAGACGUUUGGCCCUGUUGCUGGCUUGUUCCCCUUUGAAACCGAGGAGGAGGUUAUCGAGCUGGCCAACCGGGCUGAGGUCGGCCUGGCCGCGUAUUUCUACUCUCGCGAUGUCAAGCGCGUCUUCCGAGUGGCGGAAGCCCUGGAAGUCGGUAUGGUCGGUGUGAACACUGGCAUCAUCAGCGACCCUGCCUCACCGUUUGGUGGUGUCAAGCAGAGUGGUUUCGGUCGCGAAGGCAGCAAGUACGGGAUUGACGAGUUCCUGGUGACCAAAUCGGUGACAUUCGGAGGCAUCAAUACUCCAAGACUGUAA